UGUUUCAGAGUUCGAUUGAUUGAAUCAAUCAAGCUUAAUUUCUCAAAAAAUUAACUCCAAGAGUGCAACGAUGUAAUGUUUACAGAUUUCUAAAAGCAGUAGUAUGAUUUCAAUGUUUUGAAAUUAUUCUUAAUGCUAUUAUGUUUCUACCCUUGUAUUAAACGGACCGGCCGCGAAAAUGUCUGUCUCUGAAGAACAGGACGACUUCAUAUUUCGUCCACAACAACAUUUAGAUUCUAAAUGGCUUAAUCCUAACUUACAAGAGGCUCUUCACGAUCCUGAGGCACUGUGUUCUAUGUUCAAUAGUUUGUUACAAGACAGGGAAAUAUAUUUUGACGCAAGGAAUGGAUUGGUCAAUGGUGCUGGAAUUACGGCUAAACUUGGUGAUAGUGGAAAAUAUUAUUGCGGCUUACGAAUCUUAACAUGUACUUGUUGUGAUGGUCUCUGUGGGCCUCAUUCUGGAUGUGCAUGCAUACCUUGCACCGCUCUUUCUGCUGAGGAAGAACUGCGUGCCGCAAUCCAAUCUAAAAUAGUUGCACCACCACCUUCUGUUCAAGUUAUUGAUGAUAUCAAAUGGAAACUAGACCCAGGACCUGAAUGUCUUCAAAAUUUAAUGGAAGCACUUGUAUGGGAACAGCGUGUUAGAGCCAUAAACACUGCUGUAAGCUGCCCCUUUAUAUCUCAGAUCCGGCGUUUGAUUGUUCUUUGUCAUAGACACCUUGUAGCUGUAAUAAGAGAUCAAAAUAUUCAUAAAGAUGUUAAAAGAAUAAAACUUGAAAAGAAGCCAAAUCAUGGUGUCAGCAAUAGAGCACUUAGCAAUGUUGUGAGCACAUUAAACAAACCCGUUGAACUAACAUCUGAAUCUCAAGAAGAAAGUGAAGAACCAACUGAUGAUUCUGAGAGUGCAUUCGGCCUAGCUCGAGUAGGCGCUCGUGCGGCCUUACGCCUAGCGUUAUCUCUCGUACGUCGGGCUUGGCGCUGCGGCGAAGACGCAGAUGUUUGCUCAGCGCUACUACGCGAUGCACUUGAUGCUGUACGGGCUUUACCGGACGCCGCUCUGUAUGCCGGAAGUGGACAACUAAAUUCAAUUGCUCAACAGGCACCUCGAUCGCAGAAGAUAUGGGCGGAAGUAGUUGACAGUGCCGCGAAAUUCUUACAUCAAGUUGUUGCUGGUGAAUUAGGUUGCAAUGUCCCUCAAGGCGACUGGCGCACGUCAUUGUGCGUGUGGGUUGAGCUUUGCGCGCGACGCGCCGAGCUGCCAGCACUUUUAAAAGCUGCUGAUGUCCUCGUAACCUUACCGCCGAAACAGAAGAGACAAGUAGAUAAUAGAAUUGUUUUAGAAGAACGCACAGCACCAUUAGGGCCAUUCUUGAGACGUAUGGCGAAAGUGUUAGCUCCAAAUCCUAUUGUUAAUUCUGAACCUAGUACUGAAAGUAACCUAACAGAAGCAUAUCUGAAAGAUUUGAAUAUUCCAAGUGGCGAUGGACUGAUGAGUGUGAGAAAGGCCGGUAUUGCAUUGCUCUGUCAUAUAGACAGAUUAGGUGCUCCUUUACUGCCUCCCUUGAAAGGAUUUGUGACAUGUACAGAAUCUGCGCAAGAAGUAGUUUCCAUAGGAACAGGACUAUUACAGUUGGGAAGUCUAAGAGUCCAACAAAUUGCCUGUGCUGAAAAAUUAGCUCUUUUGUUGACUCAUGAUGGUGCAGUUUAUACUUUGCCAUAUGACACUAUGACACCUCAUCUAGUACCAGGCUUGGAGAACAAGAGCAUCACGCAAGUGGCGUGCCACCCGGCGGGGCGGCACUACCUGUGCCGCUCGGCGUGCGGCGGCGCGUGGUCGUGGGGCGCGGGCGAGGACGGGCGGCUCGGCCACGGCGACACGGCGGCGCGCGACCUGCCGCAGCCGCUGCACCACCUCGCGCACCACGACGUCGUGCGCGUGGCCGCCGGGCCCGCCUGCAGUGCAGUAAUAACAUCCCGCGGGGCUCUGUACACGUGGGGCCGCGGUGCUCAAGGCCGCCUCGGUCACGGCACUAUUGAAAACUGCCUAACACCGCAACCUGUUGCAUUCAAUGCUCAUAACAUUGAACGGAUCAUCGAUGUUGCACUUGGUUGGGGAGAAGGACAGACCCUCUGUUGUACUUGGGAGGGGGCGGUGCAAGUAUUCGGUGACAGCGAGGGGGGGACUCCCCGGGCGUUAACAGCUCUCUCUACGUUCCGAGUCACUCGCGUCUACACGGGCGAGCAUUGGCACGCUGCUCUAACAGACGGAGGACAAGUUUACACAUGGGGAAAAGGCGAUGGGUAUCGAUUAGGACAUGGAGACACUGAAUCCAUUAAGAUACCAAAACAUGUUGAAGCACUUGAAGGGAUAAAAAUAAUCGAUCUAUCACUUGGCGUAUCGCACGCCAUCGCGCUUUCGUCCGAAGGAGUCUUGUAUGCAUGGGGAACACAGGAAAAAGCGCAGAUUUCGAACUCAGUUCCUCAGCCGCUAAAUGUAUUUAAUCCUUCAUUCAAAGCCAAUGGUGUGGCAAGUGGGCUAACUCAAAUAUUAGCUUGGAGCGAGGAAAACCCUAGAGAUCUUCCUUCAUCUCUUCCUUUUGUUAUUGAUUUAUCUGAAAAUACUUUUAAAUAUUUAGAACGGCUUUUAAGAAUAGUUGUGGAACAAAGCGGUACGGCUGAUAUAAAUGAUAAUGAAUGUUUAGCAAUCUCCUGUUUGAAUCUCUUUAGGUUACAAGUACACGCAUGGCAAUGCGCACGAGAUAACGAAUCUGUGGACUUAGACUCUGAAAGUCGGUCGUGGUGUGCCGGGGUGCACUCGGCUUUAGUGGCCUUAGUGGAGGGGAGGGUGGGACCCUCGGCCGCGGCGGCGGCGAGGAAGGCUCUGGCCGCCGCCUGGCCUAUUUUACUACCGACGCCGCGGAUACGGGCGCAGCAUUUGAUUUCUUUACUACCGCAAGGUUCAGUGCCCGCCAGCACAGGGGCUCGGUUCAUGACGGAGCUCCUUGUUUGGUCGCUCUUGGGAGGCGGCGGUCUACGCGAUGCUUUAAGAAACGCUCUUCAAACGCAUCAAUCUGAUUCUUACAAUCAUUUACAACUGGAUGACGAGUACGAUCAAAUAGACAUAGUUACGGGACAGCGCGGUUCACCUGCGACGACGAUGUCGGAUGACAGUGAAAAUGUUCAAGGUAUAUUACAUGAGUAUCAAAUAAGCAACAAUGCGACAGUCUGCGAAAACGGUGCUUCCGUUCCUCUGAUGCAUUUAGUGAAACAUUUAAUACGCAACACCACUUGUCAGACUCAAAUGCAUAUAAACUCUGUCAUGAAUGGGGAUACUACUAAAACAGAUGAUCUUAAAGGACAAGAUACCGUCAGUCCAAGUUGUGAUCUUCUCAUACGAUUUCAAAGGCUUCUGUUAAGUGAAGCGAUGUGGUCCCGCGGGGGCCGCAGCAGCCGCGGCGGCGCGCGCGCCCUGCUGACCCAGUAUGCGGCGCUGCUGUCCGAGCACGUGCGCUCCGCACUGGGCCACUUCUCGCGCGCCGUGCGCACGGCGGACAGCACGCAACUUGUCGCUUUGUGCGACUUAAUCAGCGCCGAUAUUGUUGGUCGUGUAAUGAGCGAGUUAGCAGUAUGGGUGGUUGCAUGCGCAGCUAGAUCUGCUAUCGCACUCGCCGACUGUACGACUUCCCUCGUGAAGAUUGUACGCGCGUGCGACGAAGCGGCUCGUACCUUACCCUCUGCAGCUAAGUUAGACUCAGACCUGUUAGGAUGGCCUGGACUCGUAUCUAGGAGACAUCAGCUGAAUAACAGUAUUAUACGCAAGUGUGAUCUACAAAACCAUACCAAAGAGGGCGGAUCUUGGAUAGUAAUAUCCGGGCACGUAUUCGACGUUGAAAAUUUCGAAUGUGAGAACGCUAGUACGGUGGAACUGGUCCGCAAGUUGCGCGGGUGCGACGCGACCGCAGCUCUAAGUGUCGAGCCUCACGCGGCUUUCUUGUCGCGGAUCACGGAGAAGUGUGUGGGGAUGUUCACUAGUCAAAUACACAGUCACAAGUGCAAUGAAAGUACAUCAAGCCUACGCGCACACCACAUACUUUCCUCGUGCGCGUUCCACUUGGCCCUUGGUUUGUCUCAGUGCGGACUACGAUUAGCCCGCUCUCUGCCCGUGCAGCAAGCAGAGCGAGAAGCUGCGCCCUAUGUAGCCGCUGUGUUUCUUCGAGGCGGUCUUUUGACGUCACAACCAGCAAACCCCUUCGAGGAAGAGAAGGCAGAAGCUCGUAGCGGUUCUUCGACAGGCGGCAACAGCCCCGCCAGCGACACUCCGCACGCGUCGUACUCCACACUCCUGUCCAACGCCUUGCACCCGCCCCAAGCUCGCGCCACACGUGUGCCAAAAAUUAAUGUGACGAUUUCAACCGCUCGAGCCGAUUCUUUGUUGUUUGCUCUGGCAGAACCUAAGUUACACGAUCCAUUAGCAUUACAUCUAUGGUGGGCUUGUGAACGUCGCGAAGGUUGUGCUCCACACUUUCCUCCAGAACAUCCGCUGGAGGAAUUACGUCGAGCUUUACUGGCAGCAUUAUUGUACCAUGCAGGCUUAAAAGAGCACGCUUUAGCCACUGCUACUGCAGAGAUGGAAAAAGGUGAGGUUAAAUUAUCUCCAGCAAUGUCGGAAAUAGUAAAAGCUGUGCAACAAAGUAAAUGGACUUUGAUGCGUACACGGCAACAAUUGUCGAGAGGCUAUAAGGAGGUAUGCGCAGCUCCAUUAGAAAGGGCGAGAUUUCUCUUACAUGAAGUGCGCGCCGCGAUAUCGCCGGCGGUGUCGGCGCUGCUGGCGAGACCACCGUCGAAACGCGCUCCCACUGCUAAGAGAGUAUUCCAGAGAGUCAUGAAAAUGGCAAAAUCCCCUACGUUUAAUAAAUGCUUUGAAACGACAAAAGACUUGAGAAAUAGACAAAAUAGCUUGAGCAAGAGUAUGCUUAAAGCGACGGGCAGCUUAUUACAAGGAGAUGCGCUUCUAAUCAAAUCUACGAUUGGCAGUCAAAGUAAGCCAGAUGAAGUACAACCAAUAAUUGUUGAACCGCCGAAAGCUAGUCUUACGUUGGAAUGUACAAGUGAUCCCGCUUCAAAAGACAUUUAUAUACAAACCAAAACUAAACUGAAAUUAAAAGAUAAACCACUUGAAAAAGAUUUGAAAAAUGCUUCUAAUUAUGACGACAUGAGACACGAAGGUCGCAGUGAUUUAAAGCUUACAGAGAGGGAUGAUCCUCUAGACAAAGACGAUGACAAAACUCCUACAAACGAAAUAUCGAUAAGUUCGAUAAAUGAAAUGACGGAUAAUUCAUUACUCAAAGAAUCAUUGGAAAGUGAGAAACAAGUUAUGCUUAUGGCAGACGAUUUAAAGAAUGAACUAAUAGUUGCUGAUGAAGAAAAAGAUGACGACAAUUCGGAGAGAAAUAAAUUCGUUAAUGCUUGGGUAGCAAAGCUUAAUUGCCAAGAGAAAGAUUUAUAUUGGAUGUUAGAACAAGUGACACCGGAACAACAAAGUUUGACAGCUGCUAUUAUUGACUUUGUUAUGACUGAAGAGCCUUGUGAUAUUGAUAAUCUUAGGCGAGCUAUGUACUGUCAGGUACAAAGGGCAGAAAUCAGAAGAACUGGUUAUUCUAUUAUUAACAACAUUCUUCAUUCUUCUCAAACAAUGUCAGAAAGUAUCAAAUAUGCAGCUCUAUCUGGUAUGUUGGGAGCAUCAAUCGCAGAUUCGGUACCGAAUGCUAUUCUAAAACCAUCGAUACCGUUAACAAUGCCGAUGCAAGGCAUCGAAUCUGUUAUACCGUAUAUAAAAUACAUGGUUUUGUUAGAAAGGUCCAAGUUAAUGGAUUUUGUUCUCAUAGAACUUAAAGCGAGAGUCUUAGAAGGUGAGCAAAACCAGACCUUACCUUUAAAAAUGAGUGCUAAUUAUGGCGCGCAUGCUUUGCUGAAUAGACCCUCAAGAGCAAGGUUUUUAAUAACGCUUCUAUCAUUACUCAUUGAAGGAUGUCAAGGUCCAGAAUUGGAACAACUAAUCAAUGGUGGGGCAUUGAGUUCUUGUUUGACUUUAUUGAAACAAAUUGGUGGCGACACUUCUCAACAUUCUUCUAUUAUAUGUAAUGGUCUUAAAUCUAAAUCGGAAUGUUUGAUCAUAUAUGAGGACGAAAGACUUGGGGCUAGAGCAAGAGGAGCCUCAUUGUCAGGACCGGAACUAGCUUCAAUUUUGAAAAUCGGGACACGAGUAGUGCGCGGAAAAGACUGGAAAUGGGGUGACCAGGACGGUGUACCUGGAGGAGAAGGUCGCGUGAUUGGGGAACUAGGUGAAGACGGGUGGAUACGCGUCGCUUGGGACGCAGGAGGUACAAACUCGUACCGAAUGGGCAAGGAGGGCAAAUAUGAUCUAAAACUUGCACGUUCCCCAUCACCGCCGCCGUCUGUUGACGAAACUGUGCAAGGAAACGUGGAGAGCAGCGUGGAGUGGUGGCCGGUGAGCGAGGUGCGCUCGGCGUGCACGGGCGCGGUGCGCGCGCUGUGCGCGGGCGCGGGCCGCGCGCCGGCGCCGGGCGCGGCGGCGCGCCGCAACGUGGCCGCGCUGCAGCGCCGUCUGCUGGCGCUCGCGCAUGCGCACGUUUACGCGCCGCCCACCGCCUUCGCGGCGCAAACGCACACCGCGCUCGCGCUCUUGAGGACGAGUGCUCAAAGUCCAGAAAUACGGGUUUCACUAUGCACUGAUUCAUGGUUCGAGCUCUGUUACAGCAUUAUCUCUUCUACAGAUAGACCAAUUUCCCAGGAUCUUGUAUACUUACAGAUCCAAGCACUUUGGCUUUUACGUCGAGUGUUGACUGAACAUACUGGUACCGCUGAGUGGCGUCGAACAGUGACCGCACAGCUUAUAGCGUUAGCGGGAAGGCUGUGGCUGGAAACCCAUGUAACUGAUCCGGCUCUGAGAGCUAAUAUACACACUUUUACAGCUGCUUAUGUGGCAUCUAUUGAUGAAGAAGAAGUAGACAACAGAUGGCGCGCGCCCGCGACCGCGAGCUACACGGGCGCGACGUGCGCGGCGAUCGCUGCGCUGGUGCGGCAGCUGCACGCCGCGCCGCCGUGGCACGGGCCCGUCACCGCCCUGCUGCUGGAGAAACUGCAGCUAGCUGCACAGACGAUAACAAAUGAUUGGCAUUGGUGGCCACACACGAGUCAAGACUUAACACAAACUAUAAAACCAUCGCCACCCUCUCUUAACAGUUGUCUUAUAGCCGGAGCGCUAGGAGUUGUAGGCGGCAUGGACUGGCGGAUCAGACUCGGACAGAGAGUGUUCACGGGCUCGCCCCCGCGGAACGCUAUCGUCACUCAACUGUCGCCGAGAGCGAAAGUCACUUUGGUGUAUGACGAUAACACUGUUACGAAGACUGAUCUGAGUAGCAUUCAAAGCGCGGAGUGUGAACGUUUACCCCAAGCGCUGGGCGGCGGGGAGAGCGCGCUGCGUGUGUGCGCUGCCUUACUGGGGGCCGGUCCGCAAGCCUCGCCCUUGCAUCCCCACCAUUUACCUGCUGACAUAGACGUUUAUGGACUUCGACGGCAGCAGAUGGAAUUGCUAACGUUGUGUGCAGUUCGAGGCUUGUUAACAACGCGAACUCGACUACGCAAAGUUUUAAUGCAACCACCGGAUAACAGCGGAUCAGUUGAUAGAAGUUCACACGUACUAGGUACAGAAGGAACUUUGUUACGACGUUUACUCGCGCUUGCAACUCGCCCAAGUCCACUCGCUGCGUCUCAUACGUCAAAAGAUCUAGCAGCCGCUGCUAUGACGAUCGUCCAGCAAUUAGCUGCUCACGUUGCAGGAGACGAAAAAGAUUACGACUCUCCACCGGAAAUACCUAUCAUAGAUAAGAGUAACGUUUUGCAGCUAUCUAUGGGACUCUCGAGUAGCACAGCAUCUCUCUCGCGUAAAGAUCUCAACACGUGGGCAAAUUCAGCCCAAGUUCAGCAAGUAAUGGAAAUGGGAUUUUCAAGACACGCUGUCUAUGCAGCUAUACAGAAUUUAGGUGGCACCAGCUUACCAUCAGUGGAAUCUCUAGUGGCGUAUUUACUAGAGUUGCCUCAACAAGGUAUGGAUGACACAGUGUUCGAGAUAAAAUCUACGUCGUUGAAGCAAGAGAAGAAACAGACGCCCUACCGUUGGCGCAGUUGCUUUGCAUCUGAAGAUGAAUAUGCACAAUACCUAUCUGAUAUUAUAACGCCUGGUAUGACUGUGAGGUGUUGCAAGGCCUAUGAAAAUAUUGCGUUGGGAGAUGUUGGACAAGUUCAGAAGGUUGAACGUGAUAUCAAGCAGAAUGUGUUUUUACUCGUGGAGUGGCGCGGCUUGAGUCGCGUGGUGGGGAUACGCGCGCUGCACGCGGAGGUGGUGUCGGGCGCGCCGCCCUUCGCGCCCGGCGACCGCGUGCGCGUGCGCGCCGCCGUCACGCAGCCGCGCUACAAGUGGGGCUGCAUCGACCACACCAGCGUCGGGACUGUUACCGCUAUAUCCAGUAAUGGGCGCGAUUUGACAGUGGACUUCCCUCAACAACCCGGCUGGACGGGACAAGUCAGUGAAAUGGAAUUAGUAACUGAUCAGUCGGAGUGGGGCGAGACGGCGGGCGGGAGCGCGGUGGGCUGGCGCGGCGCGGUGCGCGCGGUACGCGUGUCGUCGUGCCGGCCCGGCGCCGGCGCGCGCCGUCUGCUGGACUCGCAGCCGCACACCUACUGGCAGAGCUCCAGCGGCACCGGCCAGCACUGGAUCCGUAUCGAAAUGCGGUGCGGCGUCCGCGUGCGGCGGCUGGGGCUGGGCGUGGCGGGCGGCGCGCACGGGCCGGCCGCGCUGUCCGUGCGCGUGGGCUCCAGCUUCGAGGACGCCGCGCUGGCGCCGCUCGCCGCCGUGCCCUGCGCGCCCGCGCCGGCCUCGCGCGAGCGCCCGCCCGCGCACCUCGCGCAGAUACAGCUCUUGUCCGACUGUAAACUGUAUUAUCCAUGCAUCGAAAUCGGGAUUAAACAAAACCGAAAUGUAAAUGCUGAUUGCCGAGUACACGGCUUAUACAUAACAGGAUUCCGACCGAACCCGAUGUAUACAGAGAUAUUAGCUAGUAUGAAUUUUAUAGCAGAAGAUUGGAUGGAUAAAGAUAACACAACGACUGCCGUUUCUUCCGACAACAAUCCCCCAACUCUUCCGAAUGACUGUCCUAAGGUGUACGUAUGGGGUUUAAAUGAUAAAGACCAACUGGGUGGAGUAAAAGGAUCUAAAGUUAAAGUACCAGUUUUCUCACCGGUUCUGAGUGCUUUGCGACCAGUUCAUAUCGCUGGCGGUUCGAAGACACUGUUUAUUGUAUCACAUGAUGGAAAGCUCUACGUUUGCGGUGAAGGUACAAACGGUCGGUUAGGUCUCGGACACAGUAACAACGUGUCGACACCAAGAGCUAACCCUUACUUAUCUCAUGUGUUGGUACGUCGCGUCGCCGUGCACUCUGGUGGAAAACAUGCCUUAGCGCUCACUGCUGAUGGCAAGGUAUAUUCAUGGGGUGAAGGCGAAGACGGUAAAUUGGGUCAUGGUAACCGUAUCACGUUGGAAGCGCCUCGCCUCAUAGAGUCGCUGGCGGGUGAGCGGGUGGUGGGCAUCGCUUGCGGGUCCGCGCACAGCGCCUGCGUCACCGCGCGCGGCCACCUGUACACCUGGGGCCUGGGGGAGUAUGGCAGAUUGGGGCAUGGGGACGACACCACACAGUUGUCGCCUAAAAUGGUGGAGGCUUUAGCCAGUUUCCGAGUAAUUCAGGUGGCGUGUGGAUCUCGUGACGCUCAAACUUUAGCCCUCACUGCCUGUGGCAAAGUAUUCUCAUGGGGUGACGGCGACUUUGGUAAAUUAGGACGAGGAGGAUCUGACGGAUGUGCAGUUCCAAUGAAUAUCGAGAGAUUGAAUACACUUGGUGUGAUUCAAGUUGAAUGUGGUGCACAAUUUAGCUUGGCCUUGACUAGAGAUGGUGAGGUAUGGACGUGGGGCAAAGGAGACUAUUUUCGGCUCGGUCAUGGCUGUGAUUCUCACGUGCGCCGCCCGACUAUCGUGGAAGCCCUGCGAGAUCGCCGCGUCAUACAUGUCGCUGUGGGCGCCCUGCACUGUCUAGCCGUCACUAGUGACAACCAGGUGUGGGCGUGGGGCGACAACGACCACGGGCAGCAGGGCAACGGCACGACGUGCGUGAACCGGCGGCCGGCGCUGGUGGCGGGCGUGGAGGGCGUCCACCGCGCCGCGGCUGGCUCCUCGCACUCCGCCGCCUGGGCGCUGCGCCCCACCGCGCCGCACGCGCCCGCGCCGCACGCCACGCCGCUGCCCUUCCCCGCGCUCAAGGACCCGCUGGGCGCGCACAGCCUCGGUCUCUACUCAGACGAAGCAAUGGUGGAAGAACCUCAAGGUCCACGACCGUCGCUCGCGGCGGCUGCGCUCGCACUCGAGCCACCAGUUGCCGUACAACACGCGUUGUCUCUCAUACUACUUGCUUUACAUAUUACGCAGGCUCGCAGUCUCCUGGUGGAGGCGCUGCGAGCGCACGAGACGUGCUUGACGGCCGCGCCCGUGGUCGCGCUGGACUCGGAGGACGACGACGCGGAGGGGGACGCGCGCACCGGCGGCGGGGAGGCGCCCGCGGACAGGGCCACGCUACCGAGCGGUGCCAGCAGUCCCCUCAGCGGGUCCAUGUCGUCCCGUCAUUCAGCCGUCAUGUCCUCCAGCGCGGUGUCCGUAGCCGCCGCCACUAUGACUGUGCAGCAAGCUGAAGCGCCCAAAUUGGCAUUGGACGAUUUCACAUCUCAACUGGGCGAGUCCGACGCGAGAGCACUUGUGGAUCUUCUGAAGCUGGCCGCGGCGGGACGUGUACCCGAUGCUAAUAAUGCGGUCAAAGUUAUCACUGACGUAUUAAUGGCUCUUUGCGCCAGUAAGCCGGCAGUGGCGGAUAUGGUGGUAGAAGUGUGCGUGUGCGAGCUGGAGGAGGCGGCGGCGGGCGGCUCGCGCGCGCCGCCGCACCCCGUCACCGUCGACAGCCCGCACCCCUACGCCGACGACACCGAUAUAUCUGGCGUCGUAAAGAUCCCAGGCGCUUCAUCUCUGCGAGUGUCAUUCGAGCAAAGCUGUUCCACUGAAAGAAGGAAUGAUCCGCUAACGAUAUCGGACAGCGCGGGAAGAGUGCUUGCUACGAGAUCUGGUAGAGAGCCAGCGGACUGGGCGCAAGAGAUUGUCGUUAAUGGCGAUGAGUUACGUUGGAGAUUCACAAGUGAUAGCUCCGUAAAUGGAUGGGGAUGGCGGUUUACAGUUCAUCCUAUUCUUCCAUCACAUACCAUAAUUGAAAGUGGUACAGACAGAUAUGUUUUGUCACGUCCAUCUGUGGAGCUCGCAUGGAGAUUGCUGGAUGGACCCUUACUAAGAGCCAUAUCAAAUGAUCACCAGCUGGCACCUCGGUUAGCACAGGCUUUGGCUAUUUGUGCUCAAAUGCCUACACUGUCGUGGCGGGGGCGCGUGUGGUGUGUGCGUCGAUUGCGCGGCGUGGUGUGCGGCGCAGCGGGCGAGGGCGUGGCUCCGCCCGCCGCGCUGCAGGCGCUGCCGCAGCUGCUGCUGGCGCAGUACGAGCACGAGGAGCCCGCGCUGCGCAUCGGCACGCACCUGCUGCACACGCACUACCUCAAGGAGCUAGCGUGGUUAGCAUGCAGUCUCCGCAUCGACUCCCGCGUUUGCAACGGCCCGGACGCGGCGCGCUGGGCGUGGUUCAAGCGCUACUGCUUGUGCAUGCGCACUGCGGACGCGUUGAUCCGCCGCACGCCCCUCCCUGCGCCCUUCCUUGGGAUCGUCCGCAAGCGACUCGUGGACCUGGGCGUGUACAAUACGGAUGAAGGCACCUCUGAGGCACAGAACCCUUGGGAAGAUAACACCAAGUUUACGAGACAGCAUGAUGAGCAACUAUUGCAUUGGGUUAAUAAGCGGCCGGACGAGUGGUCGGGCUGGUGGGUGAGCGGGCCGCGCGGCUGCGCCGUGUACGGCUGGGGACACAACCACCGCGGCCAGCUGGGCGGCGUGGACGGCGGCAAGGUGCGCGCGCCGGAGCCCUGCCACGCGCUCGCCGCGCUCAGCCCCGUGCAGCUGGUGGGCGGCGAGCAGACGCUCUUCGCGGUCACUCCUGACGGAAAGGUGUAUGCCACCGGUUAUGGUGCCGGUGGCCGGUUAGGUAUUGGCGGAAUUGAUUCCGUCUCACAGCCGACGUUAUUAUCGUCCAUUCAACACAUAUUUAUUACUAAGGUUGCUUGCAACUCUGGCGGCAAGCACUGUUUAGCUUUGUCAGCUGAUGGUGAGGUUUAUAGCUGGGGUGAAGGAGAGGACGGAAAGCUUGGUCAUGGCAAUAGAGUGAGCUACGAUCGUCCCAAGCUCAUCACGGCGCUAUCAGGUCUCGAAGUGGUGGCGAUAGCUUGCGGUGGCGCGCACUCGGCCUGCCUCACGGCGCGCGGCCGCAUCUACACGUGGGGCAAGGGGCGGUACGGGCGGCUGGGCCACGGCGACUCGGAGGACCAACUCGUUCCGAAACUGGUGGAGGCAUUAUCAUCAUACAGAGUGAUAGAUGUGGCUUGCGGUUCAGGCGACGCUCAGACCCUCUGUAUCACGGACGAUGACAAUGUUUGGUCUUGGGGCGACGGCGAUUAUGGAAAAUUGGGGCGUGGAGGUUCCGAAGGGUGUAAAUUGCCGAUGAGAAUUGACUACCUGAAAGGUCUACGAGUUAUAAAAGUGGAAUGCGGCUCUCAGUUUUCAGUUGCAUUGUGUCAAUGCGGCAGUGUUUACACUUGGGGUAAAGGUGAUUACCAUAGAUUAGGUCACGGUAGCUACGAUCACGUUCGUCGCCCGAUGCUUGUCACUGGUAUGCAGGGGAAGAUGAUAGUUUCGAUAGCAACAGGUAGUCUACAUUGUGUGGCUUGUACUGAUACCGGUGAAGUUUACACUUGGGGUGACAACGAUGAAGGGCAGCUAGGUGACGGAACUACAUUAGCAGCGCAGAGACCUAGGCUGCUUCUAGCUUUGCAGGGCAAGCGAGUGACGCGCGUGGCGUGCGGCAGCGCUCACACGGUGGCGCUGUGCGUGGAAGCGCCGCGUGCGCCACGCGCCCCGCCCGCACCGCCGCUCGAGUGCCACCUGCUGCGCGACCUGCCGCUGCAGAUGCUCUGUAACCGACUGGUACUUUUACACCAAUUUUCGGAACUGGUGUGUCCAAACUUGCCGUUGAUUGCCUUAGACGAACCUUUGGAUCAACUGAGGAGCUUACUCUUCUACAGUGUAAAGGAAGCUGCUUUUAGAAAAGUGAUAAUGGCGACGAUGGUGCGCGAGCGGCAGCACGGGCCGGUGGUGGAGCUGUCGCGCGUGGGCGCGCGGCGCGCGCGGCGCGGCGGCAGCGGGCUGGCGGGCGCGGCGGGCAUGCGCUCCGUGUUCGGCCAGAUGGUGGCGCGCCUGCCCGCGCUCUCGCAGGACGCGCUCGCGCUGCCGCACCGCGUCUGGAAGGUCAAGUUCGUGGGUGAAAGCGUAGAUGACUGCGGCGGUGGUUAUAGCGAGAGUAUCGCGGAGAUGUGUGAAGAAUUACAAAACGGUUCCUUGCCGUUACUUAUGGCGACGCCCAACGGUCGCGGCGACGCUGGAGCCUCAAGAGACGCUUUCCUUCUCAAUCCCGUAGCGAAUACUCCGCUACACCUUAAUUGCUUCCGAUUUUUAGGCGUAUUAAUGGGAAUCGCAAUAAGAACGGGCUCGCCCCUCUCCUUAUCUCUGGCGGAGGGAGUAUGGAGACAGUUAGCUGGACAGCCGCUUAGACCUCAGGACUUAGCAGAGGUCGAUAAGGACUUUCUACCCGCACUGCUUUGUAUACGAGAUAUGACCCCGCAUAAUAAGGAACUUCAAAAUCUCGAACUGCCGUUUUCGAUUCCAUCAGCGGCUGGACACGAAGUGCCGCUGUCGACUCGACACAAACGCGUUACGCCUGAUAAUAAAGACGAAUAUGUGCAAUUAGCGCUUCAUUACAGGCUGCACGAGUUCGACGAGCAGGUGCGCGCGGUGCGCGACGGGCUGUCGCGCGUGGUGCCCGCGCCGCUGCUGGCGCUGUUCCACGCCGCCGAGCUCGAGACGCUGGUGUGCGGCUCGCCCGACAUCCCCGUGCACGCGCUCCGGGCCUCCGCCACUUACAAAGGCGUGGAGCCGAGCGCGCCGCUCGUGCAGUGGUUCUGGGAGGUGAUGGAGGAGCUGUCGGGCAGCGAGCGCGCGCUGUUCCUGCGCUUCGUGUGGGGCCGCACGCGCCUGCCGCGCGCGCCGCAGGACCCGCGCCAGAGGGACUUUGUGCUGCAGGUGCUCGACAAGUACCAACCACCAGACCACUUCUUGCCAGAAAGCUAUACUUGUUUCUUCCUACUGAAAAUGCCAAGAUAUUCGUGUAAGGCUGUCCUAAGGGAGAAACUAAGGUACGCGAUCCACUUCUGCAAGAGCAUCGACACGGACGAGUACGCACGCGUGGCGCUUAGUGCAGCGGAGCGCGUGUCCUCCGAGGAGUCGGACUCGGAGGACGCGCCAGCGCCGCCGCCCGCGCCCUACUCACUGCCGCGCGCGCCCACCUGGCUCUGAACACACUCCAGUACACCACCACUGGCGCCAACCCUACGAUUUUAAAAUAUACACGCACGCAUAUUCAUAGAUCACAAAUUGAGAAAAAAAAAUAGAUUACAUGACUGUAAUUAUUAGUCUAACGACGAAAAUAAUUGUGGGUGUUUACAGGCUGUUGUCUAAAAAACGUUUUAAUAGAAUUCAGAGAUAUUAAUAUGAUGAAUAAGUCUAAUCUUAAAACAAUAGGGUUGAUAAACACAAAACUUGUGGCGUAAGGUAUCAAGACACUAUUAAGAGCCGAAUCUACUGUGACAUAAGAUGUUAAAUAGUUUGGAAGGAUUUAGUAAACACGAAAUCAAGACAAGAUAUGGGCCUGCGGGUCGAUGCAAAAACAUCAAGCAAAUUCGUUUGUCAACAAGUACAAAUAAACGAAACGGAAAUUUUAUAUAUAUAUUUGAUGAGUCACAUUAUGAUUUUUUCACCGUCUCAUAAGUUUUGAUUUGUUGAUAAACAAAUUUGUUAAUAUAACUUAUGUAUAAAUUAUUACAACUUCUUUAAAUACUUCUAAAACUAAAAUACACAAAAAUAAUAAAUAUACAAUUACUUUUUGAAAAAAAAAAACCAGUGAUAGCAGAAGAAAUGUAAAUAUAGGUACAUUAUAGUGUGACGCAUAGACGGCAGUCUGAAAUAUUUUGUUGGCUUCACUAUAAUUAUUAACUGGAAUAUAUUUGAUUCAAUUCAUUUUUAGAAAUCGUCAAAUUACAUAAAUAAAAUACAAAUACUUAGG